AUGCCUGUAAUCUGGAGCGACGCUACGAGAGCCAAGCUUCUCAUGGCUAUUAUCAAAACCAACGGCGGGAAAAUCGACUAUAAAGGUAUCGUUGAGUUCAUGGGACCGGAGUAUAAUUCAAAGUGCAUCCAGAACCAAAUCCAGUUCCUCAAGACCAAGGCCAAUGCGGAAAAGCCUACCGGCUCUGCCCCAUCGACUCCAUCUAAGAAUGGAAAGAAGAAUACUACGCCUGCCGACGCCACCGGCACUCCUACUAAAUCCCCAGCUUCGGCCAAACGGGGUCGUAAGCAGGCCAUCAACGUGGAGUCUGAGAGCGCCUCUGACGGCGAGGGUGACAAGCGUGUGAAAAAGGUCAAGACCGAGGUGAAGCAGGAAAUCAAGUCUGAAGAGAUUCUGAUGAACCGCGUGCGAUGA